AACUAAAUAUCCGGUAGCACAAAACACUGACUAACAACCAACACCAACAAAGACAAGGACUCGAGAGGAUCAUUAAAAUUAACACAGACUAUCCAAAACAAGCGCGCACACACACACACAAUGCCAAGGAAUGGCGAGGACGGCAAUGUGGGUAGCGGAGCCGCUGCCAGCACCAGCAGCGAUGGAUGCAUUUAUCCCGAUAGCGAAAUUAUGGGCGUGGGAGUUGCAUUCAAUGUCCGCUAUACGGGCUGUGUUGAGGUCAAGACCUCAAUGAAAUCGCUGGACUUUGAGACGCGCACAAUGUUGGCACGGGAAUGCAUCAAUCGAGUAUGCGAAGCUGCUGGCCUUAAGUCGGCAAGCAAGAGGCGAUUGGAUAAGAAGUUAUGUACCUUUAUAUCGGAUCGACCCAGCAUGAAACACGCUGGCACCAACAUCAUCAUUAACGUCUCCAGCCGCGCCCUAACGUUGAGUAAUGUAGAAACGGGUGAGGUCAUUGCCAAUCACAACAUGCCAAGGAUAAGCUUUGCAUCGGGCGGUGAUAACGACACUCUCGAUUUCCUGGCUUACAUAGCCAAAAAUGAGGAUGAGUGGCGGGCAUGCUAUGUCCUCGAAUGCGCCGGCGGACAAAGUGAGGAUCUAAUUGUAACCAUUGGCAAGGCAUUCGUUUUGCGUUUCAAUGCACUGAGCCGUCUCACCGACGCAGGGGCCGCUGGCAAUGAUAAUAUCAAUCAAAGUUGCAAAGAAAAUGUCAAAGAGUAUUAUAAUGAUUUACCGAACAAGCUGCCACCGGAAGUGCCCAACACCAACAGCCAGCAGCAGCAGCAGCUGGAGACGCAACAACAGCAGCAGCCUCUGCAUCCACAUGCCCCUCGAGUGGCCCAACUGAAUCUAAAGAAGCCGCGCGAUCGUUUGAGCAGUAAUCUCAUAGACCUCAACUCACCGCCUCCCGAUCAAACAACAAACAAACUUUCCCUGGGCAACUUUGAUCCCUUGCAACAGGCGAUUACAGCAGGCAAUUCCUCCUCCACAGUCACAUCCACAUCAUCACUAUUGGCUUCCGGAGCAAACUCCUCUGCCCCUCUCUCCCACAUACGAGAUGUCUUCGACGGUCCUCAGUGUCCGUUAACUGCCGAAAUAUGGUUUCAUGCCUCCAUAUCACGACCCAUAGCAGAAAGGCGUUUACAGCAGGACGGUGACUUCUUGGUCCGUGAGUCUCAGGGCAAACGCGGACAAUAUGUCCUAACUGGCCUCGAGGGUAAGACACCCAAACAUCUGUUACUCAUCGACCCUGAGGGUGUUGUCCGUACCAAAGAUCGUAUAUUCGAUAGCAUUAGCCAUUUGAUCAAUUAUCAUUAUGCACAUGCUCUGCCCAUCAUAUCAGAGGAUUCGGAGCUGGUCUUGCGUAAUCCAGUGCGUCGCCCACAACAGGAUCAAGCAGCAGCACCAACAACAGCAACAAGCUGUGGCAACUUAAAUUGCAUAUAGAAUAAAAAAACUCGGCUUGAAGGAGAACUUACAACGAGCGAGCUAGCGAACAAGAGAGAGAGAGAGCGAGCGAGAGAGAACGAGAAUAAGACGAACUAAAAUCAAGUACGCUGGGAUUAGUUUUUAAGUAUCCUAUCGAUUUCUGGAUUUUUCUCACUAAGUUCUCUCACAAACAUACAAAGAAUUCUUCAUAUACAUAAACAACAAAUCUAUAUACAUACAUACAUACAUAUAUAUAUAUAAAUUAUAUACAUACAUAACAUGUAUUUGUGUACACACUUUCUAGAUUGUAAUGUGUUGCACACUCCUAGAGAAUAUCUUUUAUAUAUCGUCGUACCAUACACAAAAUACCAUUUAUUUAUGGUUUAUACAUACAAACAAAUAUUUAUUUAUAUAUAUGUGCAUGUGUCUACAGUAUUUUUCAUUCGAAUGAAAAUAAAAGUAUACAAACAAA